AUGACGUGUGGGAGCACUGUUUCGGAAAAAAAUUCAGAGCAGAAUCGUUUAACAAUAAAACGUGUUUGUUUUGUGUCGCCAGGCAACCACAUUCUGCACGAGCCGGACUUAACAGAGUUUCACAAGGUGCUGCUGAGCCAGGAUGAAGGUCAAAAGGGCCAGCAGACGGAGCCGGACAAGCUGAUCCGCGCCGCCGUCGCUUUCGUGAGGGCGCUACCGUCCAUCGACAACAUGGACGCCAUAACGGAGAUCGUGUUCAAGAGCGCGACUCGGGGCAAGGAGCAGCUGGCGGAGAAACUGAAGCAGUCCGUGUUGUACUAUCAGAACGGCUCGACUACGCGCGACGCAGAGUCUGCAGUCUGA